AGUGACUAGCUUCAGCAGGAUAUAAAUUGCAGCAGCUUGUGCCCAGGGUAUUGGACCCACCUGAGGUGAAACCGGCUUGUUGGAGACGGACACAGUCAGAGACAGGAUGAAGCCCUUUGUUACAAUUGUGCUUGUGCUGUGCAUUUACGUGUCAGAAUCGGACAGUGCAGGAUUGAUGCAGAAAUCAGUGAUAUUCCCAACCAAAACAGCCACCAGCUUCGUCAAGUUGAAUGCAGCUGGUUUCUCUGAUUUGACUGCCUUUACUGUCUGCCUCAGAGCAGCCUCUGAAGAGAACCGUAAUUACACUUUGUUCUCCUACGCAGUAACCGGAUCCAACAAUGAGCUGCUGAUUUGGCAAAAGACUAAUGCACAACUUGACCUGUAUUUAGGAUCUGUUAUAACGGGAUUUUCCCUCCCAAAAAUGGAUGCCUGGUUGAGACACAUCUGUGUGAGCUGGGAGUCUCAAAAUGGUGAGAUAACAGCCUGGGUCAAUGGGAGACGUAGUCUAAGGAAGGUUAGUAGUAAGGGUGGAGUUGUGAAAAAUGGUGGCCAGUUUUUUCUUGGUCAGGAGCAAGACUCAGUCGGUGGUAAAUUUGACAUCGAACAAUCCUUUGUCGGAGAGAUAACUGAUGUUAAUAUGUGGGAUCGUGUUCUAAAACCCAAUGAGAUUGAGUUGAUCAGUCAGGGGUGUUACAGUGAUAGAGGGAACAUCAUUGACUGGGGAUCUACAACAUUUACAACUGGAGGGAACGUCAUAAUUAAAGACAAUAAUGAUUGUACACUUUAAAUGUUUUGGAUCCAAAAAGCGUUUAAAUGUGUAGAGGGGAACACAAUCUCCUCAAACUACACUAGCUGAAUAUGACCUUGCUUUGCGAUCUUUCCUCUCUAAACCAGAUUAAUAGUAGAAGUAAUGUUGAAUCUAGAAUAAAGGGAUGUUUACGUCGGGGUAAGGGACAACUCACUGAGUCCUUCCAGUUUCUCAUCCCCCUCACUGACAGGGUAAUGGCUUCAAACUCAAUACAUAAGAGUCUCGGCCAUUCUCCGUCACACAUUGAGAGAGGGAUGGGAGCGGGGAACCAUGGUGAUGUCUACAGGGAUCAGCAGGGUAUAAACCCCAGGGCACUGCCCCACACACUGACCAUUGACUGAAGCCCAGGGACUGCUCAAAACAGACAAAUCCGCACUCUUUAACCAGACUCCCCUCCUCGUCCAUUCUGCUGGAGCCCUUCCGCAAAUCCCACUGGGAAUAGUUGGGCAUCCCAGUUAAAAGAUGCAGCAGUACAGAGCAGUGUCCAGGGCAUUUGGUGCCAUCUCUCUGACACACACAUGUAGACAAGAAAGUGUCAGGGGCACGGGGUGGUGGUGAUGGGCAGACACGGACUGUGGGAAAGUCCCUGUGGUGGAGGCUGAUCCUGUCUUGAUUUAGAUUGUGCUGAUUGGAAUUAUUACUGUCUCUCUCUGUAUUUAACCUCUUGAUUUCACAUUGUUUGUUACACCAAGGUUUGGAAAGCUCACAAUGUGUUCUGUGCUUCCAGUGAUUGUGAUUAAACUGUAACAUUGCAGUUUCAUCAGCUUAAUAAACAAGCAUCAAAAC